UCGCAUCGUCCUCUACCACUGGCAACAUGAAGCUCCCGCUCUUCGCCGUCGCGCUGCUGGCGCUCGUCGCCGUCGCCUUCGCUGAACCCGAACCCGAACCCUGGAGAGGUGGAUUCCGUGGUGGAUACGGAGGAGGAUUUGGUGGAUUCGGUGGCGGAUUCGGUGGUUUUAGAGGAGGCUACGGAUAUGGCCGCAAGAAGCGUGCUGCUGAACCUGAAGCCCUGGCUGAAGCUUCCCCCGAGCCUGAAGCUCUGCCAUGGGGUGGUGGAUUUGGUGGAUUCCGUGGAGGAUACGGUGGUGGAUUUGGAGGAUUCGGAGGAGGCUUCGGAGGAUUCCGUGGUGGUUAUGGAUAUGGAAAGUAGAUAUUGAACGAACGGCUAAACAAAUUUUAUAAUUUUUCGUCAACUGGCUGAAUGGAUACCCUGUACCUGCGAUAAUAAAUAGAAAAUUAACA